AUGAAGGUCCCAGGUGGCGCCCUCCUGCUCCUGCUUGUGCCGCUUUGCCUCGCCGUCCCGCAGGGCUACAACUAUGCCUCGCCCGCUGAUACGGCUUUCGCUCUAGCGCCUUCUCAAGCCCCUGCCACUGCUCCUGCGCAAGUGCCUGCUCCUGCGCAGACCCCUGCCGCUGCUCCUGCUCAAAUCCCUGCCUUUGUUCCUGCUCCUGCACAAGUCCCUGCCCCUGCUCCUUCUCAAGCCCCUGCUCAAAUCCCUGCCUUUGUUCCUGCUCCUGCACAAGUCCCUGCCCCUGCUCCUUCUCAAGCCCCUGCUCAAAUCCCUGCCUUUGUUCCUGCUCCUGCUCCUGCACAAGUCCCUGCCCCUGCUCCUUCUCAAGCCCCUGCCCCAGCUCAAAUCCCUGCCUUUGCUCCUGCUCAGACCCCUGCCGCUGCUCCUGCUCAAAUCCCUGCCUUUGCUCCUGCUCAAGUCCCUGCUCCUGCUCAGACCCCUGUCGCUGCUCCUGUUCAAAUCCCUGCCUUUGCUCCUGCUCAAGCCCCUGCCCCAGCUCCUGCUCAAGUCCCUGCCCCUGCCCCUGCUCCAGCUCAGGCUCUCGCUCCAGCACCUGCCCAAGCCAAUGGCCCUGCAUUUGCCUUGACCGCUGCUCAAGCUCCGGCUUCUGCGCCUGCCCUAGCCCCUGCCCCUGCUCCCAUGCCCUACGCCUAUGGGUAUGACGUUAAUUCCCUUGAUGCCCAGAGCCGCCCAGUCGCCUUUGGGCACCAGGAGGAGGCCCGGGCCAAUGGACAGACCGUCGGUCGUUACUACGUCCAGCACCCGGACACGCGGCUCAUGAUCGUCGACUAUUUCAGCGACAUCACAGGCUUCCAUCCCACAUACAGUUUCCAGGGCCAGGCUGUGAGCCCUCAGGUCUCUGCUCCUGCUCCCCAACCUGCUUCUCAGCCUGCUCCUCAGAUUGCCCCUGCUCCUGCUCCCCAGCGUGCUCCUCAGUUUGCCCCUGCCCCUGCUCCUGCUCCUGCUCCUCAGCCUGCUCCUCAGUUUGCCCCUGCCCCUGCUCCUGCUCCCCAGCGUGCUCCUCAGUUUGCCCCUGCCCCUGCUCCUGCUCCUGCUCCCCAGCCUGCUCCUCAGUUUGCCCCUGCCCCUGCUCCUGCUCCCCAGCCUGCUCCUCAGUUUGCCCCUGCCCCUGCUCCUGCUCCUGCUCCCCAGCCUGCUCCUCAGUUUGCCCCUGCCCCUGCUCCUGCUCCCCAGCCUGCUCCUCAGUUUGCCCCUGCCCCUGCUCCUGCUCCCCAGCCUGCUCCUCAGUUUGCCCCUGCCCCUGCUCCUGCUCCCCAGCCUGCUCCUCAGUUUGCCCCUGCCCCUGCUCCUGCUCCCCAGCCUGCUCCUCAGUUUGCCCCUGCCCCUGCUCCUGCUCCCCAGCCUGCUCCUCAGUUUGCCCCUGCCCCUGCUCCUGCUCCCCAGCCUGCUCCUCAGUUUGCCCCUGCCCCUGCUCCUGCUUCCCAGCCUGCUCCUCAGUUUGCCCCUGCCCCUGCUUCUGCUCCCCAGCCUGCUCCUCAGUUUGCCCCUGCCCCUGCUCCUGCUCCCCAGCCUGCUCCUCAGUUUGCCCCUGCCCCUGCUUCUGCUCCCCAGCCUGCUCCUCAGUUUGCCCCUGCCCCUGCUUCUGCUCCCCAGCCUGCUCCUCAGUUUGCUCCUGCCCCUGCUCCUCAACCCGCCCCUGCCCCUGCUCCUGCCCCUGUUUCUUCCCCUGCCCCUGCCCCUGCUCCUCAAAUUGCUCCUUUUAACAGGCCAAUUAUCCUCCUUACCCAGUCUCCCCUGACUAUUCCAAAUUCUGCUGUCCGUCCUACUUCAUCAUCUCCAGCACAGGCUGCUCCUGCCUCCCUUGCCCCUGCAUCAGCUCCUCAGCCUACCUUCCCUGCCUUUGCACAGUUCCCUCAGGCUGUCCCUGCCCCACAGUUCCCUCAGGCUGUCCCUGCCCCACAGUUCCCUCAGGCUGUCCCUGCCCCACAGUUCGCCUCUGCUCCUGCUAGACUUCAGCCGACUCCUCAGGUGGCCACUGCCCCAGCUCCUGCCAGAAACCAGCCAGCUUUCCCUGUUGCUCAGCCUCUUCAGUCUGUCCCUGUUCCUACUGGUGGCCAGGCUGCCCUUUCCUCUCCAUCAGCUCCUGCACAGCCUGCCCAGUUUGCGCCUGUUCCUACUGGAGGCCAAGCUGUCCUUUCCUCUCCAUCAGCCCCUGCACAGGCUCCGCAGGCUUUUGCUGCUCCAGCAAGAAGUCAGUCACCCCUUCCACCUCCUCGUCUUCCAGUACAAGCUUCCGCCCCUGUUCUUAGUGGUGGCCAAGCUGCCCUUUCCUCUCCAUCAGCUGCACAACCUAUUCAGUUUGCGCCUGUUCCUACAGGUGGCCAAGCUGCCCUUUCUUCUCCAUCAGCUGCCCAACCUGCUCAGUUUGCGCCUGUUCCUACAGGUGGCCAAGCUGCCCUUUCCUCUCCAUCAGCUGCACAACCUGCUCAGUUUGUGCCUGUUCCUACAGGUAGCCAAGCUGCCUUUUCCUCUCCAUCAGCUGCCCAACCUGCUCAGUUUGUGCCUGUUCCUACAGGUAGCCAAGCUGCCUUUUCCUCUCCAUCAGCUGCCCAACCUGCUCAGUUUGCGCCUGUUCCUACAGGUGGCCAAGCUGCCUUUUCCUCUCCAUCAGCUGCCCAACCUGCUCAGUUUGUGCCUGUUCCUACAGGUAGCCAAGCUGCCUUUUCCUCUCCAUCAGCUGCCAAACCUGCUCAGUUUGCGCCUGUUCCUACAGGUGGCCAAGCUGCCUUUUCCUCUCCAUCAGCUGCUCAACCUGCUCAGUUUGCGCCUGUUCCUACAGGUGGCCAAGCUGCCCUUUCCUCUCCAUCAGCUCCUGCACAGGCUCCACAGGCUUUUGCUGCUCCAGCAAGAAGUCAGUCCCCUCUUCCACCUCCCCGUCUUCCAGUACAAGUGUCUGCCCCUGUUAGCAGCCAGGCUGCUUUCUCUUCUCCAUCAGCUCCUGCACAAUCUGCUCAGUUUGCGCCUAUUCCUACUGGUGCCCAGGCUUCUCUUUCUUCCCCAUCAGCUCCUGCACAGGCUGCUCAAUCUUCGCCUUUCACACCUUUUGUCUUCCUUUUACAAAACCCACCGUCUUCCAUAUCUAACGGAUUCCCAGCUGCUCCUGCUUCAACAGGACCUGCACUGGCUGCUCAAUCUCCUGUUCUCGUCCCUUCUAGAAGUCAGGCUCCAUUCCCUGCUCCUCAACUUUCCCCUGUACCAUUCAGAAGCCAGGCUGCCUUCUCUGCACCAGCUCCCAGGCCUAUCCUAGCACCAGUUAGAAACCAGGCUGCUCUUCCUGUUCCGCAAGCUUUGCCUGCUCCUGUCAGAAGUCAGGCUGCUUCUCCAGCUCCCAUACCAGCUCCUCAGCCAUUCUCUGCCCCUUUUAGAAGUCAGCCUGCCCUUCUAUCUCCAGUUCAGAGCCGCCAGCCUUCCAUCGUGCCAACCAGGGCACAAGUCUUCCCCAUAUCACAGGUUCAACAGCCUUCAGCCCCUGUCCUGCUGCAGCAAGUGUCUUCUUUGCCUUCCCAGUCGUCCUUCAACAUAAACAGGGGUCAAGUCUUCCUUCCCAACCAGUCUGUAGUCUCCCCAUCAGCAGGUUCUUCCGCUUCUGUGGAUUCUCAGUCUAAUGAUAGACGCAGCAGCAGUAAGGAAGUGUCAAGGGAAGAUGACAAUGGUGAUGAUGACAGUGAUAAGGAAGAUGACAAUGAGGAUGAUGACAGUGACAAGGAAGAUGACAAUUGAGAGCGAGGUAAAGAAACCCCCUUUCUCUCAGGGCCGUUUUGCAUUAUUUGCAGAAUCCGUUUACCAGGAACACUGACAGACGUGUGUGAAUUCCUGGCGUAUUGCUAAAAUUUGUAUCUAAUAUGUCUUGAUUUUAUUUUUAUACUGCAAAAUGUUAUGUUGCAUUCUUUUUUAGGGUAUUCUAAAGACUGAGUGUAGCUUCGUCUACAAGUAUUGAUAUUCAAAGAAUAUGGUGAUAGACUUAGCACAUAUAAGCGAUAUGUACUGAUGUCUAUUGCUUAAAACAAAUACGUGUAUAUUAUUCUUAACUUUUAUAUCUUUCGAGAUAUAUAUAUAUAUAUAUUGUAAGUGUAUAUUUCUUAGUAGUACUGUUACCUAUUUUAUUGUUAAUUAAAACAUUACAUUCCCUUC